CCGCGCGCGUAGCCCCAUAUUCAUAGAAAUAUGGUAUAGGUAUGCGACUUGGUUUUUGUGGUCAUCGCGCGGAUACCCUGUGGUGUCACUCGCCAGCCAGCCAGCCAGUCAGUCAGCCGCGCAACUCCCAGGCCCCCACUCGGCCCCCCACUAAGCAUGUGAUGACACGUCACGUGAUGACACGUCAUGAUGACGUCACUUCUCACCAAACCGGUUUUUAAACCGGUUUAACAAGAAAGUGCCGACGUGUUUUUCCCUCUUUUUACCCGCCCUACUUUUUUAAUGCUUUAAGUAUAUAAGUUCGUACACGAACAAGGGAAAGCAAAAAAAAACGACAUAAAUUAUUUUUAAGUAUUUCCACUGUGACCAUGGACAACCCUUCACAGUGCGAUAGAAGAGUUGAAGGAGAAGAACAAAGAAGAGGGGAGGAGCGAAUUAAUGAGAGGUCAUGCAGGCCACGAGUGUUGACAGACGAACAGAGAGCUCGUAAGAGGGCGUGUGACCGUGCACUCACCAAGGAACAGAGAGCACGAAAAAGACAGAGGAACUCCGAGUACAAGUUUAGUAAUGAGCAAAAACUGCGGAGGAAGCAAAGGGACUCGGAGUACGAAUUAAAUGAAGAACAGAGGGCUUGUAAGAGGCAAAGAGACUCGGAAUAUGAGCUAGACGAGACACAGAGAGCUUGUAAGAGGCAGAGAGACUCUGAAUAUGAGCUAAACGAGACACAAAGAGCUCGUAAGAGGCAGAGAGACUCUGAAUAUGAGCUAGACGAGACACAGAGAGCUCGUAAGAGGCAGAGAGACUCUGAAUAUGAGCUAAACGAGACACAGAGAGCUCGUAAGAGGGAGAGAGACUCUGAAUAUAAGCUAAACGAGACACAAAGAGCUCGUAAGAGGCAGAGAGACUCUGAAUAUGAGCUAAACGAGACACAAAGAGCUCGUAAGAGGCAGAGAGACUCUGAAUAUGAGCUAAACGAGACACAAAGAGCUCGUAAGAGGCAGAGAGACUCUGAAUAUGAGCUAAACGAGACACAAAGAGCUCGUAAGAGGCAGAGAGACUCUGAAUAUGAGCUAAACGAGACACAAAGAGCUCGUAAGAGGCAGAGAGACUCUGAAUAUGAGCUAAACGAGACACAGAGAGCUCGUAAGAAGGAGAGAGACUCUGAAUAUGAGCUAAACGAGACACAAAGAGCUCGUAAGAGGCAGAGAGACUCUGAAUAUGAGCUAAACGAGACACAAAGAGCUUGUAAGAGGCAGAGAGACUCUGAAAGACUCGAGGCACAGCGUGCAAUGAUGGCAAAAGAUAGCUUGUUUGCUAAAAGGCAAAGAGAAAGCGCUCGUGAGAAACAGGGCAUCUAGAC